AGGGACCAGUUUUCCCAGGUGCAGGAGAAAGCGUCCAUAGUUUCAUUUCCAAGCAACUGGUGGCAACAGGUUAAGAUUUAAGAUGGCGGGGACAGCACGCCACGACAGAGAGAUGGCAAUUCAGGCCAAGAAAAAGCUCACCACGGCCACCGACCCCAUUGAAAGACUCCGACUACAAUGCUUGGCCAGGGGUUCUGCUGGCAUCAAAGGACUCGGCAGAGUGUUUCGAAUUAUGGAUGACAAUAAUAACCGAACUCUUGAUUUCAAAGAAUUUGUGAAGGGGUUAAAUGAUUAUGCUGUGGUCAUGGAAAAAGAAGAGGCAGAAGAGCUUUUCCGGAGGUUUGAUAGAGAUGGAAAUGGAACAAUAGACUUCAAUGAAUUUCUUCUCACACUAAGACCUCCAAUGUCCAGAGCCAGAAAAGAGGUAAUUAUGCAAGCUUUUAGAAAGUUAGACAAGACUGGAGAUGGUGUUAUAACAAUUGAAGACCUUCGCGAGGUGUAUAACGUCAAACACCAUCCAAAAUACCAAAAUGGGGAGUGGACCGAGGAGCAAGUAUUCAGGAAAUUUCUGGAUAACUUUGAUUCACCCUAUGACAAAGAUGGAGUAGUGACCCCUGAGGAGUUUAUGAACUACUAUGCGGGUGUGAGUGCGUCCAUUGACACCGAUGUGUACUUCAUCAUCAUGAUGAGAACCGCUUGGAAGCUCUAAGAGUAGGAUCUGGGGACCUGGGGGCAGCCAUGUAGCUCCGAAUGAUUACAUCUCAGCUCAUAAACCAGGAUUAUAUUUGAAUUCAUGUUCAUCUCAGUGUUUCUUUCAGAUCAGCGUACUGUAUUUUCUAAGGCUAAAAAACAGACAGAAAUAAAGACACUAAGUGGUCAA